AGCGGCUACGCUGACGUACGCGUGCGCUCUUGGUCGCUUUUGCCAACUCUGGUUUGACCUACAGCCGGCAGGAGAAGAUGGCCGCGCCGGUAGUGUCUCGGCUCUCCCUGCAGGUGCGCUGCUUCAGUACAUCUGUGGUCAGGCCGUUUGCCAAGCUUGUGAGGCCACCUGUUCAGGUAUACGGUAUCGAAGGUCGCUAUGCCACUGCUCUUUAUUCUGCUGCAUCUAAACAGAAUAAACUGGAACAAGUAGAAAAGGAAUUGUUGAGAGUAGCACAAAUCUUGAAGGAACCCAAAAUGGCUGCUUCUGUUAUGAAUCCCUGUGUAAAGCGUUCCAUUAAAAUGAAAAGCCUAAAUGACAUGACAGCAAAAGAGAAGUUUUCUCCCCUCACGUCCAACCUGAUCAGUUUGCUUGCUGAAAAUGGUCGCUUGAACAAUACCACUGGGGUCAUUUCUGCCUUUUCCACCAUGAUGAGUGUCCACCGGGGAGAAGUGUCUUGCACAGUUACCACCGCAUCUCCUUUAGAUGAAGCCACUCUUACCGAAUUAAAAACAGUCCUGAAGAGCUUCCUAAGUAAAGGCCAAGUAUUGAAAUUGGAAGUUAAGAUUGAUCCAUCAAUCAUGGGUGGAAUGGUUGUCCGUAUUGGAGAGAAAUAUGUUGAUAUGUCUGCAAAAACCAAGAUUCAGAAGCUGAGCAAAGCGAUGCGGGAGAUUCUCUAAAAGUGUUGAUUUCCUAAAAGUGAAAGUUCUUAAACUUGGAGCAACAAUAAAAUGCUUCCUGAACAGAA